AAGUGAAUAGAAAACUCGUUUGGUCCAUUAUCAUUAGCUGAAUCCGUCUUUAUCUCUUCCAGUUCAAGUUCAAGUUCGCUUGUCCACGGUUUCGGUUCACGUUGACGUCGACGAGUCUAAAUUUCAUGCAACGUUGACGUAAACGUGGAUUGUUUUUGCAAACCCUAUAAUUUCCGUGCAUGUCACACAUCAACAUGUAGAAAGUUGAAGUGGCAAAAAAAAUACGAAGAAACGUAAAUAAGGAUGCCCUUUCGAGCAUUUGACCUUGUGCCUGUCAUAACCAGUGUUGCUCAUGAUGUUGGUGAUCCAUCCCUUAAGGUGAGCGCGGUGGAGGCGGGCGGUGCUGACCUGUUCCUCGGCACCACCUCUGGCCUGGUGCUGCACUACCAGUACCAGGUGGACAAACAUGACAGGACUGCACCACCGUCCAGCGCGCUCAUCAACUUCCAGCCAGCCAGCACGGCGCCGGUGACGGGCCUCUGCCUGGCCUCGGCUCUGGAGCUGCUGCUGGUGUUGGCAGAGGAGACCCUGGUGACACUGCACGCCGGCGCGCUGACGCCCGUCGACGGCUACGUGCGGCACCGUGGCGUCACGGCGCUGGCCGCCAACCCGGACCCGCGCACCGACGACCCCUUCUCCAUACAGGUGUGUAUCGCCCGCCGGCGGCAGCUACUGGUGCUGAACGUCACCUCCUCUGGUCUGCACACGGUGCGCGAGCUGGCCGCGCCGGACCGGGUGCGCGCGCUGGCCAUCAGCGGAGACGCCGUGUGCGCUGCCGCCGCCGGCCACUACCUGGUGUACCGCGUGUCGAGCGGCCGCACCCAGCCGCUGUUCGAGUACGACCCGACCCUGGUGCGGCCGAUGGUGCGCAGCGUACGGAAGGAGGAGUUUCUGGUGCUGGGUCCGGCCGACCUGGCCAUGUUUGCGCUGGUGACGGGGACCUCCCAGCGUCCGCCGGUCCAGCUGAAACCGGGCGUCAGUCACUGGACGUACCAGCACCCCUACAUCAUCACAUCAGACAGCGCCGGCAUCACACUGAUCAGUGUGGUGGACGACCAGCUGCGCCAGGAGCUGGCCGUGCCCGAGCCGGCGCUGCUGGACAACUUUGACGGCACGCUGCUGGUGUGCGCCGGCUCCACGGUGCUCUCACUCUGCCCCGUGCCCUGGCAUGAACAGGUCAAGGCGCUGGUGCGCUCCGGUGACCUGGAGGCGGCCGUCAGUCUGCUGGACGGGUCCGCGGCCGCCGACCCGUCCGCCGCCGCGCCGCUCUGCCGUCUGAUCGGUCUGUCGCUGCUGGCGGCCGGCCAGACGCGGCGCGCCUCCGAGCUGCUGCUGCGCUCGGACCUGGAGCCGGCGCAGCUGCUCAGUCUGGUGCCGGCCGUGUGUCCGCCCGGCAGCCCGGACCGCGCCGCCGCUCUGACGGCCGAGGUGCCCGCCCUGACGGCCGUCCCGGACGACCAGCGGGCCCAGUUCCUCCGUGAGCACCUGCUGAGGGCGCGUACCCACUCGCCGCUCCGGUCCACGGCGGUGGACACGGGUCUGGUGCUGCUGCUGGCGGACCGGCCACCGGAGCUCGCCUCCUUUAUCGCCGAACAGCGGCCCGUCUGUGACCCGGAGCGGUGCCGCGAGCCGCUGACCGGCGCCGGCCUCGCCGCCGAGCUGGGGCAGCUGCAGCUGCUGGCCGGAGACGGCGAGGCCGCGCUGACCCUCUGGGACGGCGUGCUGCAGCGCCGCCGGCCGGGGGACGCCGGCGCCGCACUCCGCUACAUGGUCCAGGCGCUGACCAGCGCCGAGGACCUGGUGUGGGUGCGCCGGUUCGCCGACUCGGUGCUGGAGCUGGACCAGCAGCUGGGAGCUGGGGUGUUCACCGGCCGGCCCGAGUCGCUGCCGGCGCUGUUCAGCUCCGAGGAGGUGUGCUCCUUCCUCCGACGCUACCCGACCGCGCUGACACUCUACCUGGAGUACCAGGUGUUCACCAAAAGGGCGCAGUCGGAGUGGCUGUCCACCCAGCUGGGCGGCCUGUACCUGGACCGGCUCAGCCAGAGUCGCCAGCUGGGCUCGGACGAGGCGGAGCCGGCCAGCCGCCUGCUGUCGCUGCUGCGCUCCCGAGCCCCGCUGCGGGUGGCCGCCCUGCUGCACAGGACGCUGGCACUGCAGCUGGACACCCACUCGGCACACCUGUACUGCAGGUCCGGUGAGUACGAGAAGGCGCUGGAGCUGGCGGCGCGGGCCGAACCGGCCGAGGCGCUCACCUUUGUGCUGGAGGUGGCGCCCGAGUCGGGCUCAGCGCUGCGGCGCCGGCUGCUGCACCAUCUGCUCGACAUCCACCUACGGCCAGAGAACGACAACGUGGCGGCGGCGCUGGCGCUGCUGAGCGGCGCGCGCGCCGCCGAGCUGGAGCCGCGCCGCGCGCUGGCCGCCCUGCCCGACGGCUGGUCGACGGCCGUGGUGGCGCCGUUCCUGGUGGCCGCCCUGCGGCGACAGCUGCACCGCCACCACGCCGCCCAGCUGAGCCGACAGCUGGCCAGGGCUGAGAGCAGCACGGCGCGCGCCGCGCUCACCCGCCACCAGCGGCGCAGUGUGGCCGUACCGGCCAACGCGUACUGUCCAGUGUGUCACAAGGCGCUCUCGGCCGAAGCUCUGUCCGUCUACCCCAACGGAGUGACGGUGCACCCGGGCUGCGCGGCCAACCCUCGGCGCUGUCCGGUCACCGGUCAGCUCUACAGCGUGUAGCCAGCGCCAUCUGUGCGCCGGUCAGAUAAACACGAUAUAUGUAGGUGUCGCCAGGUGCGUGAUCUGCCACUUGUUUUGGGCCAAAGGUGUAUGCGACGCUCAGUGGAAGGAUGAACAUCGAAACCAAUUUAUUUAACGAAGCUCUUACAGUUUUGAAUGAUUUGCCUUGUAUACAAUUACUGGUAUAGUGGUUUCCAAACACGAAGAGUUGUAAGGUCAUGCAGGUGUGACAGGUGGCACAGCACUUUGUUCUCCUUUUGUAGUCCCGAUCCGCGAUAACAUAAGCUUAUCUAGUUUAUGUUUAUAUGCUUGCAUAUUUAAAUUCUCGGCCCUGUAUGAACGAAUUUUUGGGAUUUUUUCCGGGCCCUCGUUCGUCAAAGUUAUUCUCUCAUAUCAUAUCAUUGUACUUCAUUGAGGCUGGUGGACCGUUAGCGUUCGUGGGAAUUA